AUGGGAAAUCAACAAUCAAAUGAAAGAAAAAGAAAUUAUAAAAUAUAUGGCUAUGUUCCUUACAACGAUGGAGAGUUUAGGUACAUGGAUUUUGAAACAGACACUACUUUAAAUAUUCUUGAAGGAGUGGGCAGUGUGUUUCUUAAUUAUGAUGGACCGAGGCAAGCCACUCUUGAUGAAGGGCGAUAUAUAGCAAUUGAUACUGAUAUAACGAAAGAACGCAGUAGUAGUUGUAAUUUUAGUCGCCGUAGUGUGAUAAAUGUAAAUGUAGGAAAUAGCAGUGGUUUACCAGGAGAGGGAGGUUUUCGAGAACUUGUCGAAAGAACAACUGAGGCUAGAGAAAUGCGUGCUAGGGCGAAUGAAUGGUCUGAUUUUGACAAACAAAUGCAACAAGCAUGGCAAUUACAACCUCCUAAAAAAUAG